GUGCUUUAAGGGUGCCACCUAGUGCAGCAACCUUCCUGGGUGAAAUCCUGCCCGCUUGCAGUUUGGAAAUAUGUGGGAGUGGUUCCCUUGGCUGCCUGCUCCUGACCUCUGUGCACACCUUGGUCUGCCUGGACCUCGCCCACACUGAAGGGACGUAAAUCAGAUUUUUGAUAUGUUGUAAAGUGCAAGGCACCGCUGCCGAAGUGCUCAGUAUUCAAAAACUUGUGAAACGCUGCAUGCCUAGCAAAAUUUACUUUUGUAUGGGAAUUUAAAUUUUUGCUGAGAGAUUGGUCAGGAGAAGACUUUGAUAUUGCACCUGUUUUUAUAUGAAGCAGUGGAUUAAGCAUUCACUGCAGUGUCUGUACUAAGUCAGGAACCUGCAGUCACAAUGUGCUGUCUUUCAACCCUAAUCCUUUCACCAAGAAUGAAGCUAUUUAAAAAUUAAGAUGCCAACAGAUCACGAGGAGCCCUGUGGCCCCAGUCUCAGGUCAUUUUGCCUGAAUGGGGGGAUAUGUUAUGUGAUUCCUACUAUUCCCAGCCCAUUCUGUAGGUGCAUUGAGAAUUACACAGGAGCUCGUUGCGAAGAGGUUUUUCUCCCAAGCGCCAGCAUCCAAAGCAGAAGUAACCUGUCGGCAGCGUUCGUGGCCCUGGCGAUCCUAGUCACGCUGGCCAUCGCGGCGCUCUGCCUUCUGUGCAGGAAGGGCCAUUUUCAGAGGGCCAGUUCAGUCCAGUGCGAGAUCAGCCUGGUAGAGAGAAACAACACCGGCGCCCACCACAGUCACAGAGAUCACUGAAGGCACACUCCGUGAAGGGCACUAUUGCAGUCACCUUACACAAAGGCAGAAAGUAAACCGUACGGUGAGAGAAGGUCACCGAGUCUCCUUCCCUAAACAGUUCUCCUGUUCCCAAAUUCAACUCUCCCUCUCCCCGUGGACCUGUGACAACCGCUGAUGUCUUCACUUCGUACUUUGCGGACUCUAGCACUGCGAUCACACGGAGCAACAUCAUAAGGAGGACCAGAGCUGUAAAAUAUAUCAACAGUCAGUGCUGAAGGAGCCUAACUCUGAUGUUCUUAAAGGACAAUAAAUACAAGUUUAGUUUUUUGACUGCAAGCAGAAUUGUGUUCAGUGAGCCUCUUGGCAACAGCAAAAUGGAAUGAAUUGGUACAUUAGCAAUUCCUUUUCUUUUCUAUUUUUUUGAGACAGGGUGUCACUUUGUAGCCUUGUCUGGCCUGGAAGUCAUCAGUGUAGACCAAGCUGGCACUGAAUUCUCCUGCCUCAUAGUACUGGCAUACAAUGCCACACUGAUUCCUCAGAUUUGUUGUAAAAAUCCAAGUAAUAAGAACCCGAAGUUAUUUCCAUUCACCCUGGGAGAAAAGCAAAGUGCACAGGCUUACUUCUCAGAAGUCAGCGAAGACAAGUUGUCCACCUGGCCUCCAGCCAAGAUGAUGUUCAUAUUGCUGAAAGUGCUGACCACUCGCUGCAGGUAAUUAUUGGCUCCCGCCUUACAGCAGUUAUAGCCAAAGACAAGGACCACACGAAGCUCAGGGUUAUCCAGAAGACCUGCAGAGAAGCGAGAGCUAAGACAGCCUUAAAACACAACGAGCUGUCAGUUAUUCCUGCUGACUGGCUGGCACUGGUGUGUGCUGUGCAGCACUGACGUUCUUGGUUUCCAUUAACAAAAACCUAAACAGCUAUUUGAAUAUAAUCCAGUCAAUCCUCACACAAGCAAGGACACAGUUACAGACUGAACAGCAGCCUAGCGGACCAUGUUGGGUGGUUCCACAUUCCAACUCCACACGUGCCAGUGACCUAGAGUCUCUAACGUGGUCUAAAAGCAGCUCUACCACAGCAGGCAGCAGGGCUCGAGGACCAGCAGCGUCUCAUUCCCAGAGCUCCAAGCAUCCACCUGAGUCUCUGGCAACCUGUUUUCACAGCAUUCAUUUGACACCGAACAGUAUUACAACAGGUGACUUCUGAGACAGGAAGAAAACGCAGCCCCUAACUACACAGAUGUUUCCAUUUAACACAGUCACAUGCCUUCCAUGGUGAUAAAAGGAAAGGUCCCUCAGCAAGACUGAAGCAGGCUAGAAGGAAAGGGAAAGGAGCCCCGCUGACCACAAUGCUCAGGCUUGACCAACUGAGAAUCCUAGCACAUUAACAUCUAACUCCAUGCUAGUGACCUAGAGUUUGUCUUAUCAAAUAUCUCUCCUGCAUCCCAGGAACCGUCCUGUGAUGCCAGCUUAACUUCUCAGCAAUCCUUUAGUGACAGUUUUUGUAAAGACAGUGACAUGUGACUUUUUUUCUGAGUAGCCCCCACCCACUUUCCCUGAAUAUCUCUCAACCCCCAUGCUGAAAUUUAUAUUAAAAACCUUCUUUAAUAAACUAACUCUGCUUUACACUA